AUGUGGACGAAGCAAGAUUGGUUGGCAGUGGUUCUUCAGACGCAGGUCAUAGACUUCUUGGAGUCUCAAGCGGCAGAUGAAGACCAGCCGGAAGUGAUGAGCCUGCCAGAUAAGCGGGCGAAAGCGCGGCGCACACAGGAUAGAAGCAAGAGGCAAAAGCUUGAUGUGCAAAUGCCACAGAACCUGAAACUCAACGCGCUAUGCAGCCAUCUCGGCUUGCGUGUGAUUCCCAGGAACAAGUUUAAGGAGCAGCAACGCAAGAAUUACAUUGCGUCUGCGCAAGCGCACUUUAUGAAGAUCAAGUAG